AUGGAUAUCCCUAAUAUCGUCAAGUUUUGGCUUUUUGUGGUGUUCCUGGUCCCAUCCAUCUUAUGUAGCAUCUUUAACCUUUAUCAUUUUCUCUUCAAUCGAACACUUCGUCAAUCUCUUCAUAAUCAUGUUGUCACGAUUCUUCUUUUCAUUGGUCUCAUCUAUAUGCUCACUGCUAUUAUCUGGUUUACUCAUCUUUAUCGUACGGGUGUCGCAUUAGUACCAACACAUAUGUUUUGUCUCAUAUGGACAUAUUUAGAUUUUGUUCUAGCAAUAACAAUGACACUUCUUACAGCUUGGGCAUCAGUUGAACGGCAUAUUCUCAUUUUCCAUCAGAAUCUCAUUUCAACACCAGUCAAACGUUGGAUUUUUCAUUAUCUCCCACUAAUUAUUUUCACUAUUUAUCCAUUAAUUUUCUAUUUUAUUGCGCUUUUCGUUCUAUCAUGUGAUAUUCCAUUUGACUAUAAUGUAGAGCGAUGUAGAGCAGCCGAUUGUGUAGGGCUGAAUGAAAAUUUGCGCGCGUGGGAUAGUUGGGGAAAUAACGUCGUGCCAAUUUUUGUAAUUGUUAUUUUCAGUAUUGCUCUGAUUGUCCGUGUGUGGUAUGGAAAAUGUCGAAUGGGUCAACGAUUUCAAUGGAGAAAUUAUCGAAAGAUGACAUUUCAAUUAUUAUCAAUAUCUUCUUUAUAUAUUGUUCUCUCUUUGCCAGCAAUGCUAAUAUAUACAAUGUGCGCAGUUGGUGUUCCGUGUAAUUCAACUGCAAUUGAUUUUUUUUAUAAUUAUUUGUAUAUUUAUUAUUUUAUUAUUUUUCUCACUCCAUUUGUAUCAAUUGUUUCAUUACCUGAACUUCGAGCAAAAUUUCAACAUCUGAUGCGAUUUCGUUGGCCACAAGCAAGAGCAGUUUUUCCUACGAGAAUAACAACAGUUAAUACUCGAGAUCUACAAAUGGUUAAAAUAACAAAUACUGUUCAACAAGUACAAAAUAUUGACACUAACAAAUGA